UUGCGGAAACAGGCUAGAAGCGAAGAGUACACAUAGGUAUCUCUAAGUAUCUAAACCUAAUUACAUGUAAUGUCGUACGCCUUGGUUUAGACGGGUUUAUGUUCUUUCUUCCCAAAGUAACUAAAAGUACUUAUUAUGCACGCGCCCACCGACGCUCGCUGUCUCAACCCAUCCCAUUCCCAAAUUCUUGGUCCCUCCCUCUUCCCAGUUCUAUUUACUCUCAGGCACACUUCACUUUAUGCAUUCUUGCCUGUUCCCUGGCCUCGUUCCCUCCCUCUGCCUUCCCUCUCUUCCCUCCCUACGUUCUCUCGUAGCUACCAUGGCGCUAGUCUCAAAAAACACCCCUGUAUACGUGGCGCUGUGUACAGCAGGACUAUCUUUAUUUAUAUGCUUAGAUCCAGCUGCAGCCAGCGGCACCUCGACAAGUUCUGCGUCAAGGCUACUAUCCCCUUACGAUGCGCUGUAUUACUUGGGUGUUAGGGCGUAUUUUGCAGAGGAGUGGGAGAAAGCGGCGGAGCUGUUAGAGAAAUCGAUCGCAGCUCGGGAGACACUACUACGGACGCGUCGGGAAUGCCAUGACAACUGUGUCGCAGCGGGGCAUGACAGGCUCGCCAAACUGGACACUGAGGUCAGCAGCAUAUGGGACCUGUGGGCAAUGGACUGGGUCCAGCAGAGAGCGGAAUGCAUCCGGUUCUGCCUCAAUCAGGCCGUCAGUCCGGCUGCCCAGCCUCCUGUCUCUACUGACAUUCAGUACGAGUUUGGCACCCGCAACCCCUACAACUUCCUGCAGGUCACCUACUACAAGCUGGGCAAGAUACAGAAGGCUGUGUCGGCCGCCCACACUUUCUUCCUAGCCAACCCCAGUCACCUGGAAAUGAGGAACAACAUAGAGAAGUACAGACGGAUGCCUGGAGUGACGGAGGAGGCCUUCCAGGACAGAGAGAGAGAGGGACAGAAACACUGGGAGCUCUACAACUCAGCCCUUCAGUUUGAGUCUUCCUCGGAGUGGUCGCGCGCGGUGGAUGCGUGGAAGGAGUGUGUGAACGAAACACUGAGAAAGACGGAGGAUUGCCGGGCACAGUGCGUGGUGGAGGCACAGGGAUUUCCCGAUGAUGGGGACACUGCAAGCACAGCUGGGGUGUUUGAGAAAGCAGCAGCACUCUCCCUCAACCUGCUGUCUUGCCAGCAGUCCUGUGUCUCCUUCGUUGCGACGCGACCUGGCAGGAUUUCUCCUCUGGAGGACUUCCUGCCCAUGCUGUUGGAGCACUUAAAUAUUGCACAGUUCAAAGCUGGGGACCUCAGGGGAGCAGUGCAGACCCUCCGCUCUCUCCUCCUCUUUUACCCCUCUGAUUCAGACUCUCUCUCCAACUUGGAGCUCUACUCUGAGACACUAGGUGGCGACACUGAAGCACAAAGAACGGAGCCUGCACAGGAAAUAUCCUCCUAUGUCAAAAGGUCAUUGUUAGAAAAGAAGCUGCUGUAUUUUGGAGUUGAAAAUCUGGACUUCAACUUCACUGACCCCGACCUGUGGACUCCUGAGGAGGUCAUUCCUGAGUCGCUGAGAGAAUCCUGGAGAGCGGAGAGGGAAAAGCUAAAUGAGAGACUGAAGGAGGGAGAGAGGGAGGCAGAGCUGGAUGACAGCGGCUUCUAUGCAGGGGGUCCCGUUCCUCUUGUUGGAGUGACGAUAACUAUGGAGGAUGCGGCACUGAAUGGGACCAAUCGUGUUGUGCUGGAUGGUGUGCUAACUCAGUCUGAGUGUGAGACUGUGUUGCAACUGGCUACAGCUGCUGCAUCAUCUGGUGAUGGUUACCGGGGGCGACGGUCCCCACACACGCCACAUGAAAAAUUUGAGGGUCUGACUGUCCUGAGAGCAUUGAAGUUGGCUCAGGAUGGACUCGUCAACCAAUCAGAAGCCAAACUGCUUCACGAGAUCGGGGAGAGGGCGCGAACCCUCCUUCACUCAUACUUCCGGAGCCCCUCCGCCCUCUACUUCUCCUUCACUCACCUGGUCUGCCGUUCUGCUAUCACAGGGAAGCAAGAGGGAAGGCUGGACCUGUCCCAUCCUGUGCACGUGGACAACUGUUUGUUAGAGCCUGAGACAAGACAGUGCUGGAGGGAGCCCCCUGCCUUCACACACAGAGAUCUCAGUGCAUUGCUAUAUUUGAAUGAUGACUUUGAGGGCGGGGACCUCUUCUUCACUGACAGAGACGCCAAGACCGUGACGGCCACGGUGAGGCCACGGUGUGGGCGGCUCGUGGGGUUCUCCUCGGGACCUGUCAAUCCGCAUGGAGUUACCGCGGUGACCGCUGGCCGGAGGUGCGCGUUGGCUCUCUGGUUCACCAAAGAGAAGCUACACAGAGACAUGGAGCGGGAGGAGGCGGAGGCUGUGUGGGCAGCGGGUGGGCAGAGUGUGACCAAAGAGGAGAAGGAGGACAGCGACAGCCCCCCCACCCCACCUCGCUCUGGCAGAAGUCAAGGGUCGAGGGAGAAGAGCAAAAUAAGGGACAGAGUGACAGGGGGGCGGGACGAGUUGUGAAAGAGUGAGGGCAAAAGAGGAAACCAAGAGACUUGCGGUUUUUAGAAACAGAGACGGAUCGCUUCCUUUUGCUCCAUACCCAUUGGCUGCUGCCCUUUCUCUGAAUCCAAUCCCCCUAUUUUCAUUACCAGUACCUAUUUUUAUGUCAGACUAUCCACAUCUGUGCUUGUUCGCCCAUCCCCGUUUCCCCGUAAAUCAGUCUCUGUCAGGUUUAAUGAUGUAAUGUCUGUUUAUCUGUAAAAAAAAAAAACUUGUAAAAUAAA